ACAGCGGUGCCCGGCGCAGGCAGAGCGCCCUCGGAGGCGGACACCUGGCACCCACACCCCGCCAUGGUGCGCUCCCCCAGCCGGCGGCUGUCGCCGGUGGUCUUGCUGCUGCUGCUGAUGUUGCUGCCCCUUGGAGCUGGAGACUCCCUUCCCACAGAGAGCCGGUUCAAGAACAGUUGUAUCCAGGCCAGGAGGAAGUGCCAGGCUGAUCCCACUUGCAAGGCUGCCUACCACCACCUGGGUUCUUGCACCUCUAGUCUAAGCACCCCAUUGCCCUUAGAGGGGUCUUCUUUCCCUGCAGACUGCCUAGAGGCAGCAGAGAAACUCAGGAACAGCUCUCUGAUGGGCUGUACAUGCCACCGACGCAUGAAGAAUCAAGCUACCUGCCUGGACAUCUAUUGGACCAUUCAUCCUGCCCGCAGCAUUGGUGAUUAUGAACUGGAUGUCUCCCCCUAUGAAGACCCAGUGACUAGAAAACCCUGGAAAAUGAAUCUCAGCAAGCUGGACAUACUCAAACCAGACUCCGAUCUCUGCCUCAAGUUUGCUAUGCUGUGUACUCUUAAUGAGAAGUGUGACCGGCUACGCAAGGGUUACGGGGAGGCCUGUUCAGGACACCGCUGCCAGCGCCAAGUCUGCCUUGGACAGCUGCGCUCCUUCUUUGAGAGGGCCUCUGAGCCUCAUGCGCAGGGCCUGCUGCUGUGCCCCUGCUUGCCCACUGACCGCGGCUGUGGGGAGCGUAGGCGCAACACUAUUGCUCCCAGCUGCGCACUGCCAACUGAGGCCCCCAACUGUCUGGAUUUGCAGAGCCUCUGUUUCACGGAUCCGCUGUGCAGAUCACGCCUGGUAGAUUUCCAGACCCACUGCCAUCCUAUGGACAUCCUGGGGACUUGUGCAACAGAACAGUCCAGAUGUCUGCGAGCAUACUUGGGGCUGAUUGGAACUGCCAUGACCCCCAACUUCAUCAGCAACAUCAACACUAGUGUUGCCCUAAGCUGCACCUGCCGAGGCAGUGGCAACCUGCAGGAGGAGUGUGAAGGGCUGGAGAGGUCCUUCUCCCACAACCCCUGCCUCAAAAAACUCUGCUCUGAGGCUACAGCCCUGGAUGCCCUUUCUUUUUUCCUGUACAUUUACCUUGAUUCUACUUUGGAGCCUCUGGUAGCUGAAUUUUACCCAGAGGCCUUCUUCCUCACUACCACACCCAGCCUGAUUGCAACCUAUGAAGGGUGAAAAAAGAACAGCAUCCAGAGGAGGUGCAGUGCACAACAUGGCAGCCCCAACCCUACCUGGAACUUGCAGUUGGCUCCAGAUGAGGCCAUAGUAGAUGCUACUGGCUAUGACCUCCAGAUCCUAACUAGCUAACCUCAUUCCUCCACCACUUUUAUCCUCAUUUCUGACUCAGGCUGCCCUCCUUAGGAUUUAAUGGCUAUCAUUUAGCCAUGUCUUCUGGUGGUGACCAGCUCCACUAGGCUCUCUCCUUCCUUUCUCCCAUCCACCCAUAAUCAUCCAGAGUCUAACAAAUCAGUCAUUCCUUAUUGCAUUCUUCAGGUAGGCAGGGCUGAAAGUUCUGAGGCAGCCUAGAAAGACAUUUUUCUUGUGAAGAAGGUUGGAGCAAUACUCCUGACCCCUUGUUCCUUCCUUUGAAUGGAGGAUGGAAACCUUCUGCCUGCCCUGCUCUGCCCUGGGAUCCUGGAGAACAUUUGGAAAUCAGGAGCUGAAGCCUUUGGUCCUUGCUUUAUU